AUGCAUAGUCUAGUUCUCGAGUUGAUCAAAUAUUGUGCAAGGAUUCUCCUUCGCUUUUUAAACUUAAUAAAAGAGCUUAUUCGGAGGGAUUUUUUCGAGAAUUUAUACGGACCCCUUUUUGCCUUCUAUUGGAAUUUUUUAAAUGGAACCCCGGAGCAGAGUGCAUUGGACGAGACAAAAGAUUCACAAAAGGUGAGUAUGAAUAGCUGCAGAACACAUGGGAAUGCCACUUCGACUAAUAAUAAUGGAGAAGACUGCGAUAAUAUUAGGCUGGAUAACACAGAGCAGCAUUCCGCGGGGAGAACAGCUGUAGCUGGGAAAUGGGGUUCGAGUUUAUGGAAGGAUCUACUGCCCAUGGAUUCUCGUGGAAGGUCUGAGCCCAGGGAGGAGUCUAAGAAUGGUUCUGAAUAUAAAGGGUCUGAAGCAGAGGAGGAUUCUGAUGGUGCAGAGGAUAAGGUAGAAUCUGAGAAUGAUGACAUUAGGCUGAAAGAAGUGUUUGGCGAGGGUGUUCAUGCUGACGAAAUGUUGUCUGACGAGUAUUAUGAGCAGGAUGGUGGUGAUCAGAGCGAGUCACUGAAUCAUCAUCGAGUGCAACACUCAAUUGGGUUUAGUUCAAAGCCACCCCAUAGGCCUGUCGCUCGCAUCAAUAAUUUAAGGAAGUCGAAGGGUACAAAAGCUGACCAAUAUGAUGAAGAAGAUACUGAUUACGAGGAUGAUGACGAAGAUGAGGAUGAUACUGAUGAUGCUGACUUUGAUCCUGAUUAUGGUGCUACAAGCAUGUGCAGGGGAAGCAAGGAUAAUGAGGAAGCAUGGGAUGGGGAAGACUUGGGUGAUGAUGUUGAGGAUUCUGAGCUGAGUAUUUCUGAUGAAAAUGAUGCGUGCUAUAAGAAAGGUAGAGUUCGGCACCGGGGUAAGAGUGGGAGUAACUUGAAGUCUGCCAGAGAGCCUAAAUCACUCGCACCACACACACGGCGAAAGAGAGGCAGAACCUUGUUUGAAGAAGAAGAAGAAUUAUCUGCAGAGGACAUGGAAAAUGAUAGCGAUGAGGAUUUCAAGAGUAAAAGAAGGAAAGAUGCAUCAGUUCACAGGAAGAAUGUUGGUUGGUCUGCUUCUGUUAGUGUUUCUGGUAGGAACAAUGAACUUCGAACUUCAGGCCGUUCAGUGCGUAAAGUGUCAUAUGUAGAGAGUGAUGAAAAUGAAGAUCUUGAUGAAGGCAAGAAAAAGAAGAGCCUAAAGGAGGAGGUUGAAGAGGAAGAUGGCGAUGCAAUUGAAAAAGUACUGUGGCAUCAACCGAAGGGCAUGGCUGAAGAAGCUUUAAGGAAUAAUAAAUCGCUGGAGCCCAUGCUGUUAAGCUAUUUGUUUGACUCGGAACCAGAUUGGAAUGAGAUGGAAUUUUUAAUAAAAUGGAAAGGCCAGUCACAUUUGCACUGUCAAUGGAAAUCACUAUCUGAGUUGCAGAAUCUUAGUGGUUUUAAGAAAGUUUUGAAUUACACCAAAAAAGUAACCGAAGACGUCAAGUAUCGGAGAGCAGUAUCUCGUGAGGAGAUUGAGGUCAAUGAUGUGAGCAAGGAAAUGGACCUGGAUAUCAUCAAACAAAAUAGUAAGGUGGAAAGAAUUAUCGCAGACAGACUCAAGAAAGAUGGGCCGGGUGAUGUUGUACCAGAAUACUUAGUCAAGUGGAAAGGACUCUCUUACGCUGAAGCUACUUGGGAGAGGGACAUUGAUAUUGCAUUUGCCCUAGAUGCUAUAGAUGACUACAAGGUUCGAGAGGCUGCAAUGAUGUUGCAAGGCAAAUCAGUGGAUUUCCAGCGCAAAAAGAGCAAAGGAAGUUUGAGGAAGCUUGAUGAGCAGCCUGAGUGGUUAAGAGGGGGAAAUCUUCGAGAUUACCAGCUUGAAGGCUUGAACUUUCUUGUUAAUAGCUGGAGAAAUGAUACAAAUGUAAUAUUAGCGGAUGAAAUGGGUCUUGGUAAAACUAUUCAGUCAGUUUCAAUGCUUGGUUUCCUGCUGAAUGCUCAGCAAAUUCAAGGUCCUUUUCUUGUUGUUGUCCCAUUAUCCACUUUGUCAAAUUGGGCGAAAGAAUUUAAAAAGUGGUUGCCUAGCAUGAAUGUUAUUAUAUAUGUUGGAACUCGUGCAAGCCGUGAGAUCUGUCAGCAGUACGAAUUUUACAAUGAUAAAAAAGUGGGCAGGAGUAUUAAAUUCGAUUCCCUGCUGACUACAUACGAGGUACUGCUGAAGGACAAGACAGUAUUGUCGAAAAUUAAGUGGAACUAUCUUAUGGUUGAUGAAGCACACAGGUUAAAGAACAGCGAAGCCUCUCUGUAUACAACGCUAUUGGAAUUCAGUACAAAGAACAAAUUGCUUAUUACUGGAACUCCCUUGCAGAACAGUGUUGAAGAGCUGUGGGCUUUACUUCACUUUCUUGAUCCUGGCAAGUUCAAGAGUAAGGAAGACUUUGUUCAGAAGUACAAGAAUCUUAGUAUGUUCAAUGAGAUGGAGCUUGCUAAUCUUCAUAUGGAAUUGAGACCUCACAUUCUUCGAAGAGUCAUAAAAGAUGUAGAGAAGUCCUUGCCUCCAAAGAUCGAGCGUAUCCUUAGGGUUGAGAUGUCACCAUUGCAGAAACAGUAUUAUAAGUGGAUUUUGGAACGCAACUUCCAGGAUCUGAACAAAGGAGUCCGUGGGAAUCAGGUUUCUCUUUUAAAUAUUGUGGUGGAGUUGAAGAAAUGUUGCAAUCAUCCAUUUUUAUUUGAAAGUGCAGACCAUGGUUAUGGUGGGGAUGCAAACUUCCUGGGGAGCACUAAACUGGAGCGAAUAAUAGUAAGCAGUGGGAAGCUGGUGAUACUUGAUAAGCUGCUGGACAGAUUACAUGAGACAAAUCACCGUGUAUUGAUAUUUUCUCAGAUGGUUAGGAUGUUGGAUAUACUGGCAGAAUAUUUGUCUUUCAAAGGUUUCCAAUUUCAGAGACUCGAUGGCAGUACAAAGUCAGAGUUGCGCCAGCAGGCUAUGGAUCAUUUUAAUGCUCCUGGUAGUGAGGAUUUCUGUUUUCUUCUUUCAACACGUGCUGGAGGCUUGGGUAUCAAUCUUGCAACUGCAGACACAGUAAUUAUAUUUGAUUCAGAUUGGAAUCCACAAAAUGAUUUACAGGCAAUGAGUCGGGCUCAUAGAAUUGGACAACAAGAAGUAGUUAACAUCUACCGAUUUGUUACUAGCAAGAGUGUUGAGGAAGAUAUCUUGGAGCGAGCUAAGAAGAAGAUGGUUCUGGACCAUCUUGUUAUUCAGAAACUAAAUGCUGAGGGCAGGAUGGAGAAAAAGGAAGCGAAAAAAGGAAGUUUAUUUGAUAAAAAUGAGCUUUCAGCAAUCCUGAGGUUUGGGGCGGAGGAACUUUUUAAGGAAGACAAAAAUGAUGAGGAGAGCAAGAAAAGGCUCCUCAGUAUGGAUAUUGAUGAAAUUCUUGAAAGAGCUGAGAAGGUUGAAGAGAAAGUAUCUGACAGAGAGCAAGAACAUGAAUUGUUGGGUGCUUUUAAGGUGGCAAACUUCUGCAGUGCUGAAGAUGAUGGGACUUUCUGGAGCCGCAUGAUUAAGCCAGAAGCUAUUGCCCAAGCUGAAGAAGCUAUAGCUCCACGAGCUGCUAGGAAUAUUAAAAGUUAUGCAGAGGUCAACCCACCUGAGAAUUUCAAUAAAAGGAAAAAGAAGGUGGCUGAGUCUCAGGAAAGAUUGUCAAGGCGUCGCAAGGGUGAUUCUGGGUAUUCUCUUCCCGUGAUUGAGGGUGCUACUUCUCAAGUGAGGGGAUGGUCCUAUGGGAAUUUACCAAAGAGAGACGCAACACAUUUUAUCCGUGCGGUUAAGAAAUUCGGGAUUGAUAGCAAGAUUAGCUUAAUAGCAGUAGAAGUGGGUGGAAUAGUUGAAGCUGCUCCAACUGAAGCACAAAUUGAGCUUUAUGAUGCUUUAAUUGAUGGUUGUAGAGAAGCUGUUGGAGGAGAGAAUGUGGACCCAAAGGGGCCUCUUUUGGAUUUUUUUGGUGUUCCUGUGAGGGCUGAUGAAGUCUUAAGCCGUGUUGAAGAACUUCAACUCCUAGCCAAGCGGGUUUGCCAAUAUGAAGAUCCAAUCUCUCUUUUCAGAGCUCUUGCGUAUCUCAAACCUGCCACAUGGUCUAAAGGUUGUGGGUGGAAUCAGAAGGACGAUGCAAGGUUGCUGCUUGGAGUUCACUAUCAUGGAUUUGGCAAUUGGGAAAAGAUAAGGUUAGAUGAAAAACUUGGUCUUUCUAAAAAGAUUGCUCCAGUGGAACUUCAACAUCAUGAAACUUUCUUACCUCGAGCUCCCCAGCUGAAAGAUCGAGCUUCCCAACUUCUAGAAAUGGAAGUUGUGGCUGUUGGUGGGGGGAAUUCGAAAAUAAAAGUUGGCCGUAAGAAUGCAAAGAAACAGAAGGAAAAUCUUCUAAAUAUCCCAUUAUCACGGGGAAAGGGCAAACAGAUGAAAUCUGAUUUUCCUAAUCCAAGUGUACAAAUUAAUAAAAGUAGAGCUCGGAAAGACCAAAAGGUCGAACCAUUGAUUAAAGAGGAAGGUGAAAUGUCUGAUAGUGGUGAAGUCUAUGAGCAAUUCAAGGAAGUAAAAUGGAUGGAGUGGUGUGAAGAUGUCAUGAUAGACGAGGAGAGAACUUUGAAACGCCUUCAGAAAUUGCAAUCUACCAGUGCCGAUCUGCCAAAGGAGAAGGUGCUUUCCAAAAUUCGGAAUUACUUGCAGAUUCUUGGUCGAAGAGUCGACCAAAUUGUAUCGGAAUAUGAGAAGGAGCCUUACAGGCAAGAAAGGAUGACUACACGAUUAUGGAAAUAUGUAUCCACCUUCUCAAAUUUAUCUGGUGAGAGGCUUCGACAAAUCUAUUCCAAACUUGAACAGGAGCAACAUGCUGACGGUAUGGGACCUUCCCACAUCAAUGCUUCCACUCUUGGGGGUCAAGCAGCAGCAUUUUUGCAUAGGGAUCUUGAUGUGGGCAAAUUUGAAGCCUGGAAAAGAAGAAAACGAGCUGAAGCCGAUGCCUCUCACGUUCAGUAUCCAUAUCAAAGAACUACAAGUAAUGGCACACAAAUACCUGAUCCGAGCUUUUCUAUUCUUGGACCACCACCAUCUGACAGUAGACACAGUUCAGUCGAGACGAAAUCAUUUAGUUUCUGCGUCGCUACAACCAGUGGAUGCAGAGACUCUGAAGAUCCUUCAAUGUUGGGAGCUGACAUAAAGAGGUGA